AUGCUCGGCCUCAUCGGUCUCGCCUUCUCGGCGCUUGCCGCUGUCAUUAAGUUUGCCUGGGCUCACCCUGUUAUUUUCCUCGGCAUCCUGAGCGGAUUAUGGGUCGGGUACAAGUAUGCGCUGAGGCGGUACAACCAGCGCUGCGCGAUCCAGAAGUACAGGCUGGAACAGCGCCGCCGCGCCGGCAUCCCCGACAGCGACAAGCGGCCGUGGAUCAUCGCGCGCCCCGCGGCGGAGCUUCGGCGGCGUGAGGAGAUCCUCGCGAAGCAACAGAAGGAGCGCGAGGAGAAGGAGCGGAAGGAACAGGCCGACCGCGAGCGCGAGAUCCACGAGUGGGGAUCGCGAGCCGUUCACGAGCUCAGGCGCAUGAGCAGGAGCGACCUCGACCAGCUCGCAGGACAGUAUCAGUCGCCCCGCAGACGGAAACCCUUCGAUCCGCCUGAGGUGGAUGAGGAACCCGCCAAGCUGGCGCAGAAGAAGCGCGGACGCGGAGAUUCAUCGGACAGUGAAGAGGAGGCGCCCUCCCAGCGCCGCCGGAAGGGCAAGGAGGCCAUGCUGGAAGAAGAAGACGAGGAGGAGGACGAGGAAAUGAACUACAUCCACGAACUGGAGGAUAUGGACGUCGACGUGAUCAAGCAUGGGCUCUCCGAGAAGCGCGCAGCGGCCAAGCGUUCAGCAGCCGACAGUGCUGAACCCCGCAAGCGGCGACGCAAGAUUUUCGAUCUGUCCGAUUCCGACUUCCACACCGACGAGGAAGAGGGUGGGGAGAAGAUGGACGAGGACGACGAUGUAUCCGUCAAGGAGGAGCGCGUCACCCCCGAAGUCUCGCCAGAGGAGAAGAGCCAGACCGGGACACCCGUGCAGCAACUCCCCCUCAUCGACCCGAAGCUGCACCGCGUCGAUGGACCCGAGGGACUGCCCAUCUAUGGCGACGUGCCGGGCACACUGCGCGGCAAGGUGUUCACGGACGCCUCUGGCGUCAAGUGGUUCGAGGCCAACAGCGGCGAGGUCUACCGCGCCGAGGAUCUUCGCAUCUCGGCACGGAAGUACAACAUGCCCCUCGACUCCGCGCACCCGGACACGCUAGAGGAGGCCGGCGAGCUCGUGCGCGCCUGGGUUCAGGAGGGCGAGUACGACGAGCUCAAGGCGGCAGGACGGCUGGGCUGGCAGCCCGACUCGCCCUCUGCGCCUCGGACGGCCAACACCUCGCCGGCAGUCAAGGAGCUGCCGAAAGUGAGGCACUACGGGCGUAUCGGCAUGAGUCGCAAGGUCUCCGUCCCGCCCCAGCUCGACAAGGGCAAGGGCCUGUACGCCGGUGCGAACCUGGGCAGUCCGGCUCGCAAGAACCGCUCCACCUCAUCGGCGAUCCGCUUCCAGCCCCGUCAACUCUCAGAGGCUGGCCGGACGAAACGCCACGACGAGCUCAUCGCCAAGCUGAACCGAAGCGUCUCGGCUGCUGUGCCCAAGACACCCCUCUCGCCUACUGGAGGGGCACUGAGCCAGAGCGCAAAGGUCGAGGCAUCGAGUCCGCUCGCGAAGAGCUCUAUUUCUGCAGCCGGUGCGGGCGAGAAGCCCGCGUUCUCGUUUGGGUCGGCGUCGACUGCUUCCGCCGCGGGCGAGAAGAAGGAGGAGCCCAAGGCCGCGGGUGGGUUCAGCUUCGGCGCUCCGGCCGCUGCGGCCAAGGCGGAGGUGAAGAGGGAUGACGCCCAGCCUGCCGCGGGCGGGUUUAGCUUCGGAGCUCCGGCGGCCCCGGCGAAGACGGAGGAGAAGAAGGACGAGGCACCCAAGCCUGCAGCUGGUGGAUUCUCAUUUGGCGCGCCGGCCAAGAAGGACGACAAGCCUGCCGACAAGCCCGCCGACAAGCCGGCAGUCUCCUUUGGCGCCCCCGUUGCCCCCGCCAAGCCGGAAGAGAAGAAGGAGGAGACCCCCAAGCCUGCCGCUGGUGCUGGUGGAUUUUCGUUCGGCGUUCCGGCGAAGAAGGAUGAGGCUCCCAAGCCUGUCUCUGAUGGCUUCUCAUUCGGUGCUACGGCCAAGGCGGAAGAGAAGAAGGACGAGGCGCCCAAGCCCGCUGCCUCGUUCUCCUUCGGUUCGACCGCCUCUGCCACCGACAAGCCCGCCGACAAGCCUGUGUCUUCCUUCUCCUUCGGUGCCCCUGCCGCCGCGAAGAAGGACGAAGCGUCUAAGCCCGCCACGGGAGGGUUCUCGUUCGGCGCCCCCGCCAAGACUGACGAGAAGAAGGACGAGGCGCCCAAGCCCGCAUCCAGCUUCUCCUUCGGCGCAGCCAAGGCUGCCGACAAGCCGGCCUCGUUCUCCUUCGGCUCCCCCGCUCCCGUCACGGACAAGCCAGCCACAUCGAGCUUUGGCGGCUUCGGUGCCGCCGAGAAGAAGGACGAACCCGCCAAGCCUGCCUCUUCAAGCUCGUUCUCGUUCGGCUCCUCGGCUCCCAAGGCCGACGAGGCGCCCAAGCCAACGUCGAGCUUCUCGUUCGGAUCCACCGCUCCCGCCGACGACGAGCCGGCCACCGCAGGCUUUGGCGGGUUCGGCUCCACUCCGGCUGCCGAGAAGAAGGACGAGGCGCCCAAGCCUGCCUCUUCCGCGUCUUCGUUCUCGUUCGGCUCGUCUUCUGCGGCCAAGCCCUCCGGAUUCGGCGGGUUCGGCUCAGCCCCGGCUGCCGAGAAGUCAGCCGACAAGCCUGCCUCGAGUUUCUCCUUUGGUUCGGGCCCCGCGGACAAGCCCGCCGCCGCCUCCUCUUCGUUCUUCUCCUUCGGCUCCACUACGGACAAGCCGGCCUUCGGCAGCGACAAGCCCUCCUUCGCCUCGGCUGUGAAGGCGGAUGCUCCGAAGUCUGCUCCCACGUUCUCUUUCGGCUCAGGCGUUUCGACCGGAGGUGAGAAGAAGGAUACGCCCGCCUUCGGUUCCGGCUUCGGUACUGCCAACGGAGCAGCCGGGGGUAGCUUCAGCUUUGGCUCGAACCCGGGCUCGGGCUCGAGUACGCCCGCUGCUGCACCGGGAGGCUUCAGCUUUGGCGCCCCCUCUGGAGGAGCUGGAACCGGGGCAGCUAAGUCCGCGUCGACGUUCACUUUUGGCUCUAGUACUCCUGCUGCUGGUGGAAACCAGCCGGCGUCUGGUGGGUUCUCAUUCGGCGCGCCCUCGAGCGGUGCGACCGGCACGGGUGGUGCGGCUGCUGGAGGGUUCAGUUUCGGCGCCGCGCCGUCGAGCGACGCGAGCGGCGGGUUCAGCUUUGGCGCCCCCGCGCCCGGUAGUACGGGGGAGAGGCCGAUCCGCAGCCUGCGUAGGAAGUAG